AUGCCGAGUCUGAAAUUCUCUUUGUGUCUGGCUUUCUGCUUGGCUCUUUCGGUGGCUGAGAUUACCAGCACAACAGUUAUCACUUCUACUGGAGGAUCUACUGCGAGUCCUGGAACUACAGUUUCUGGAGCAAGUGACGCAUCAACAGCUGCUUCUGGAGCAACAACCGCAUCAUCUUGUGCCGAUGAUCCGAACACCGAUUGCUCCCAAUAUAAAUCUUUGUGCUCCAACGCCAAAUAUACUCCACUUUUGCAGCAGUUCUGUCCAAAGACCUGUGGAUUCUGUGGUGGUGGAUCGACUUCUGCACCAGUCUCAUGUGUGGAUAGCUCAACCAAUUGUGCCAACUGGGAUAAAAACGGAUUCUGCUCAUCGACAUUCUACAACUGCGCUCAAAAGAAGCAAUACUGUGCGAAGACAUGUAACCUCUGCUCAACGACAUGUUGA